GAGUAUACCGACCGCUUGCGCCGCCCCACGGGUACAUCCUGGUGCCUUCGUCCACGUGGCCGGCUCCACCCGGCUUAUCAAUCAGCAGCAUGUCGAGCGAGGAGCAGCCUCCACCUAAAGUUUGCUAGACCACUCACUUCCUAUACCGGUACGCUGAGCGAGCAUCAGCAAGUAUGGAAGCUGCAAAUCAGGAAAUCAGAACCAUUCGCAGCAAGCAACAACACUCAGUACCAGCUUUCCCUCCUCUGGCGCUUCUCGAGUCCCGAGUGCAGGAGCCACGGCGUAUCCUUGAUGCUCACUUCUCCCAUGAUAAACCAGCAAAUUUCGCACCUGCGACUCUUCUGCACGCCUUGUUAUUCAUAGCGACGCUCCUGGCCGUGAAGAUAUAGAGCGUCGACAUUUGAUCGACCAUUGCGAGAAGCGGGCCGUUGUCCACAAGCACAAGA